AAUGCAGCGUUUUGCUUUUUGCAGCCGUCUUCCUUCUGCCGUCAACUGGCGCCCCCUGCUGUGUGUGGCCGGCGCUGCCGCCGCCGCGGCGACCGUUUAUUAUUUUUCCAGACGGAGGAAUCGGCAGAAGAGGAGCAGAGAGGAGGCAGAAGAGCUGACCGCCAUCGAAGCACCUGCAACUGUAUGCUCUCCACAUGAGCCUACUGCGCCUCCUCAAAGUCCUCUGAGGCCUCCUUCCCCACCUCAGCCACCACUGAGGACUCCUUCAAACCCAGGAUUUUUCUGUCCAAAUGCUCUUGAGGCACCUGGAGAUUAUGCAGCACCCCAGCGCCAUCCAUCGGCACCCUGUCCACCGGUGCCACUAGCUGUGCCUCAGCCUGACCCAGAGUCUCGUAGCGAGAGUGCUGCUGAGGCAGCCAGAGAUGAUGCAGCACCACAGAGCCAUCCAUCAGCAUCCUCUCCACUGGUGCUACUGCCUGAGCCUCAGCCUGAUCCAGAGUCUCAUAGCGAGAGUGCUGCUGAGGAAGCCAGAGAUGAUGCAGCACCACAGAGCCAUCCAUCAGCAUCCUCUUCACUGGUGCUACUGCCUGAGCCUCAGCCUGACCCAGAGUCUCCUAGUGAGAGUGCUGCUGAGGCAGCCAGAGAUGAUGCAGCACCACAGAGCCAUCCAUCAGCAUCCUCUCCAUUGGUGCUACUGCCUGAGCCUCAGCUUGACCCAGAGUCUCGUAGUGAGAGUGCUGCUGAGGCAGCCAGAGAUGAUGCAGCACCACAGAGCCAUCCAUCAGCAUCCUCUCCAUUGAUGCUACUGCCUGAGCCUCAGCCUGACCCAGAGUCUCCUAGUGAGAGUGCUGCUGAGGCAGCCAGAGAUGGUGCAGCACCACAGAGCCAUCCAUCAGCAUCCUCUUCACUGGUGCUACUGCCUGAGCCUCAGCUUGACCCAGAGUCUCCUAGCGAGAGUGCUGCUGAGGCAGCCAGAGAUGAUGCAGCACCACAGAGCCAUCCAUCAGCAUCCUCUCCAUUGAUGCUACUGCCUGAGCCUCAGCCUGAUCCAGAGUCUUGUAGCGAGAGUGCUGCUGAGGAAGCCAGAGAUGAUGCAGCACCACAGAGCCAUCCAUCAGCAUCCUCUCCACUGGUGCUACUGCCUGAGCCUCAGCCUGACCCAGAGUCUCCUAGUGAGAGUGCUGCUGAGGCAGCCAGAGAUGGUGCAGCACCACAGAGCCAUCCAUCAGCAUCCUCUUCACUGGUGCUACUGCCUGAGCCUCAGCUUGACACAGAGUCUCCUAGCGAGAGUGCUGCUGAGGCAGCCAGAGAUGAUGCAGCACCACAGAGCCAUCCAUCAGCAUCCUCUCCAUUGAUGCUACUGCCUGAGCCUCAGCCUGAUCCAGAGUCUCGUAGCGAGAGUGCUGCUGAGGCAGCCAGAGAUGAUGCAGUACCACAGAGCCAUCCAUCAGCAUCCUCUCCACUGAUGCUACUGCCUGAGCCUCAGCCUGAUCCAGAGUCACGUAGCGAGAGUGCUGCUGAGGCAGCCAGAGAUGAUGCAGCACCACAGAGCCAUCCAUCAGCAUCCUCUCCAUUGAUGCUACUGCCUGAGCCUCAGCUUGACCCAGAGUCUCAUAGCGAGAGUGCUGCUGAGGCAGCCAGAGAUGAUGCAGCACCACAGAGCCAUCCAUCAGCAUCCUCUCCACUGGUGCUACUGCCUGAGCCUCAGCCUGACCCAGAGUCUCCUAGUGAGAGUGCUGCUGAGGCAGCCAGAGAUGGUGCAGCACCACAGAGCCAUCCAUCAGCACCCUCUCCACUGGUGCUACUGCCUGAGCCUCAGCUUGACUCAGAGUUUCCUAGCGAGAGUGCUGCUGAGGCAGCCAGAGAUGAUGCAGCACCACAGAGCCAUCCAUCAGCACCCUCUCCACUGGUGCUACUGCCUGAGCCUCAGCUUGACUCAGAGUCUCGUAGCGAGAGUGCUGCUGAGGCAGCCAGAGAUGAUGCAGUACCACAGAGCUAUCCAUCAGCAUCCUCUCCAUUGAUGCUACUGCCUGAGCCUCAGCCUGAUCCAGAGUCUCGUAGCGAGAGUGCUGCUGAGGCAGCCAGAGAUGAUGCAGUACCACAGAGCUAUCCAUCAGCAUCCUCUCCAUUGAUGCUACUGCCUGAGCCUCAGCCUGAUCCAGAGUCUCAUAGCGAGAGUGUUGCUGAGGCAGCCAGAGAUGAUGCAGCACCACAGAGCCAUCCAUCAGCAUCCUCUCCACUGGUGCUACUGCCUGGGCCUCAGCUUGACUCAGAGUCUCCUAGCGAGAGUGCUGCUGAGGCAGCCAGAGAUGGUGCAGCACCACAGAGCCAUCCAUCAGCAUCCUCUUCACUGGUGCUACUGCCUGAGCCUCAGCCUGAUCCAGAGUCUCGUAGCGAGAGUGCUGCUGAGGCAGCCAGAGAUGAUGCAGCACCACAGAGCCAUCCAUCAGCAUCCUCUCCAUUGAUGCUACUGCCUGAGCCUCAGCCUGAUCCAGAGUCUCGUAGCGAGAGUGCUGCUGAGGCAGCCAGAGAUGAUGCAGCACCACAGAGCCAUCCAUCAGCAUCCUCUCCACUGGUGCUACUGCCUGAGCCUCAACUUGACCCAGAGUCUCAUAGCGAGAGUGCUGCUGAGGCAGCCAGAGAUGAUGCAGCACCACAGAGCCAUCCAUCAGCAUCCUCUCCACUGGUGCUACUGCCUGAGCCUCAGCCUGACCCAGAGUCUCCUAGUGAGAGUGCUGCUGAGGCAGCCAGAGAUGGUGCAGCACCACAGAGCCAUCCAUCAGCAUCCUCUUCACUGGUGCUACUGCCUGAGCCUCAGCUUGACCCAGAGUCUCGUAGCGAGAGUGCUGCUGAGGCAGCCAGAGAUGAUGCAGCACCACAGAGCCAUCCAUCAGCAUCCUCUCCAUUGAUGCUACUGCCUGAGCCUCAGCCUGAUCCAGAGUCUCGUAGCGAGAGUGCUGCUGAGGCAGCCAGAGAUGAUGCAGCACCACAGAGCCAUCCAUCAGCAUCCUCUCCAUUGAUGCUACUGCCUGAGCCUCAGCCUGAUCCAGAGUCUCGUAGCGAGAGUGUUGCUGAGGCAGCCAGAGAUGAUGCAGCACCACAGAGCCAUCCAUCAGCAUCCUCUCCACUGGUGCUACUGCCUGAGCCUCAGCUUGACCCAGAGUCUCAUAGCGAGAGUGCUGCUGAGGCAGCCAGAGAUGAUGCAGCACCACAGAGCCAUCCAUCAGCAUCCUCUCCACUGGUGCUACUGCCUGAGCCUCAGCCUGACCCAGAGUCUCCUAGCGAGAGUGCUGCUGAGGCAGCCAGAGAUGAUGCAGCACCACAGAGCCAUCCAUCAGCACCCUCUCCACUGGUGCUACUGCCUGAGCCUCAGCUUGACUCAGAGUCUCAUAGCGAGAGUGCUGCUGAGGCAGCCAGAGAUGAUGCAGCACCACAGAGCCAUCCAUCAGCAUCCUCUCCACUGGUGCUACUGCCUGAGCCUCAGCUUGACCCAGAGUCUCAUAGCGAGAGUGCUGCUGAGGCAGCCAGAGAUGAUGCAGCACCACAGAGCCAUCCAUCAGCAUCCUCUCCACUGGUGCUACUGCCUGAGCCUCAGCCUGACCCAGAGUCUCCUAGUGAGAGUGCUGCUGAGGCAGCCAGAGAUGAUGCAGCACCACAGAGCCAUCCAUCAGCACCCUCUCCACUGGUGCUACUGCCUGAGCCUCAGCUUGACUCAGAGUCUCCUAGCGAGAGUGCUGCUGAGGCAGCCAGAGAUGAUGCAGCACCACAGAGCCAUCCAUCAGCAUCCUCUCCACUGGUGCUACUGCCUGAGCCUCAGCCUGAUCCAGAGUCUCCUAGUGAGAGUGCUGCUGAGGCAGCCAGAGAUGAUGCAGCACCACAGAGCCAUCCAUCAGCACCCUCUCCACUGGUGCUACUGCCUGAGCCUCAGCUUGACUCAGAGUCUCCUAGCGAGAGUGCUGCUGAGGCAGCCAGAGAUGAUGCAGCACCACAGAGCCAUCCAUCAGCAUCCUCUCCACUGGUGCUACUGCCUGGGCCUCAGCCUGAUCCAGAGUCUCCUAGUGAGAGUGCUGCUGAGGCAGCCAGAGAUGGUGCAGCACCACACAGCCAUCCAUCAGCAUCCUCUCCACUGGUGCUACUGCCUGAGCCUCAGCUUGACCCAGAGUCUCGUAGCGAGAGUGCUGUUGAGGCAGCCAGAGAUGAUGCAGCACCACAGAGCCAUCCAUCAGCAUCCUCUCCAUUGGUGCUACUGCCUGAGCCUCAGCUUGACCCAGAGUCUCAUAGCGAGAGUGCUGCUGAGGCAGCCACAGAUGGUGCAGCACCACAGAGCCAUCCAUCAGCACCCUCUCCACUGGUGCUACUGCCUGAGCCUCAGCCUGACCCAGAGUCUCCUAGUGAGAGUGCUGCUGAGGCAGCCAGAGAUGGUGCAGCACCACAGAGCCAUCCAUCAGCACCCUCUCCACUGGUGCUACUGCCUGAGCCUCAGCUUGACUCAGAGUUUCCUAGCGAGAGUGCUGCUGAGGCAGCCAGAGAUGAUGCAGCACCACAGAGCCAUCCAUCAGCACCCUCUCCACUGGUGCUACUGCCUGACCCUCAGCUUGACUCAGAGUCUCCUAGCGAGAGUGCUGCUGAGGCAGCCAGAGAUGAUGCAGUACCACAGAGCUAUCCAUCAGCAUCCUCUCCAUUGAUGCUACUGCCUGAGCCUCAGCCUGAUCCAGAGUCUCGUAGCGAGAGUGCUGCUGAGGCAGCCAGAGAUGAUGCAGCACCACAGAGCCAUCCAUCAGCACCCUCUCCACUGGUGCUACUGCCUGAGCCUCAGCUUGACUCAGAGUCUCCUAGCGAGAGUGCUGCUGAGGCAGCCAGAGAUGAUGCAGCACCACAGAGCCAUCCAUCAGCAUCCUCUCCACUGGUGCUACUGCCUGAGCCUCAGCCUGAUCCAGAGUCUCGUAGCGAGAGUGCUGCUGAGGCAGCCAGAGAUGAUGCAGUACCACAGAGCUAUCCAUCAGCAUCCUCUCCAUUGAUGCUACUGCCUGAGCCUCAGCCUGAUCCAGAGUCUCGUAGCGAGAGUGUUGCUGAGGCAGCCAGAGAUGAUGCAGCACCACAGAGCCAUCCAUCAGCAUCCUCUCCACUGGUGCUACUGCCUGGGCCUCAGCCUGAUCCAGAGUCUCCUAGUGAGAGUGCUGCUGAGGCAGCCAGAGAUGGUGCAGCACCACAGAGCCAUCCAUCAGCAUCCUCUUCACUGGUGCUACUGCCUGAGCCUCAGCUUGACCCAGAGUCUCCUAGCGAGAGUGCUGCUGAGGCAGCCAGAGAUGAUGCAGCACCACAGAGCUAUCCAUCAGCAUCCUCUCCAUUGAUGCUACUGCCUGAGCCUCAGCCUGAUCCAGAGUCUCGUAGCGAGAGUGCUGCUGAGGCAGCCAGAGAUGAUGCAGCACCACAGAGCCAUCCAUCAGCAUCCUCUCCACUGGUGCUACUGCCUGAGCCUCAGCUUGACCCAGAGUCUCAUAGCGAGAGUGCUGCUGAGGCAGCCAGAGAUGAUGCAGCACCACAGAGCCAUCCAUCAGCAUCCUCUCCACUGGUGCUACUGCCUGAGCCUCAGCCUGACCCAGAGUCUCCUAGUGAGAGUGCUGCUGAGGCAGCCAGAGAUGGUGCAGCACCACAGAGCCAUCCAUCAGCAUCCUCUUCACUGGUGCUACUGCCUGAGCCUCAGCUUGACCCAGAGUCUCCUAGCGAGAGUGCUGCUGAGGCAGCCAGAGAUGAUGCAGCACCACAGAGCCAUCCAUCAGCAUCCUCUCCACUGGUGCUACUGCCUGAGCCUCAGCUUGACCCAGAGUCUCAUAGCGAGAGUGCUGCUGAGGCAGCCAGAGAUGAUGCAGCACCACAGAGCCAUCCAUCAGCAUCCUCUCCACUGGUGCUACUGCCUGAGCCUCAGCCUGACCCAGAGUCUCCUAGCGAGAGUGCUGCUGAGGCAGCCAGAGAUGGUGCAGCACCACAGAGCCAUCCAUCAGCAUCCUCUUCACUGGUGCUACUGCCUGAGCCUCAGCCUGAUCCAGAGUCUCGUAGCGAGAGUGCUGCUGAGGCAGCCAGAGAUGGUGCAGCACCACAGAGCCAUCCAUCAGCAUCCUCUUCACUGGUGCUACUGCCUGAGCCUCAGCUUGACCCAGAGUCUCCUAGCGAGAGUGCUGCUGAGGCAGCCAGAGAUGAUGCAGCACCACAGAGCUAUCCAUCAGCAUCCUCUCCAUUGAUGCUACUGCCUGAGCCUCAGCCUGAUCCAGAGUCUCGUAGCGAGAGUGCUGCUGAGGCAGCCAGAGAUGAUGCAGCACCACAGAGCCAUCCAUCAGCAUCCUCUCCACUGGUGCUACUGCCUGAGCCUCAGCUUGACCCAGAGUCUCAUAGCGAGAGUGCUGCUGAGGCAGCCAGAGAUGAUGCAGCACCACAGAGCCAUCCAUCAGCAUCCUCUCCACUGGUGCUACUGCCUGAGCCUCAGCCUGACCCAGAGUCUCCUAGUGAGAGUGCUGCUGAGGCAGCCAGAGAUGGUGCAGCACCACAGAGCCAUCCAUCAGCAUCCUCUUCACUGGUGCUACUGCCUGAGCCUCAGCUUGACCCAGAGUCUCCUAGCGAGAGUGCUGCUGAGGCAGCCAGAGAUGAUGCAGCACCACAGAGCCAUCCAUCAGCAUCCUCUCCACUGGUGCUACUGCCUGAGCCUCAGCUUGACCCAGAGUCUCAUAGCGAGAGUGCUGCUGAGGCAGCCAGAGAUGAUGCAGCACCACAGAGCCAUCCAUCAGCAUCCUCUCCACUGGUGCUACUGCCUGAGCCUCAGCCUGACCCAGAGUCUCCUAGCGAGAGUGCUGCUGAGGCAGCCAGAGAUGGUGCAGCACCACAGAGCCAUCCAUCAGCAUCCUCUUCACUGGUGCUACUGCCUGAGCCUCAGCCUGAUCCAGAGUCUCGUAGCGAGAGUGCUGCUGAGGCAGCCACAGAUGAUGCAGCACCACAGAGCCAUCCAUCAGCACCCUCUCCACUGGUGCUACUGCCUGAGCCUCAGCUUGACUCAGAGUCUCCUAGCGAGAGUGCUGCUGAGGCAGCCAGAGAUGAUGCAGCACCACAGAGCCAUCCAUCAGCAUCCUCUCCACUGGUGCUACUGCCUGAGCCUCAGCAUGACCCAGAGUCUCCUAUUGAGAGUGCUGCUGAGGCAGCCAGAGAUGAUGCAGCACCACAGAGCCAUCCAUCAGCACCCUCUCCACUGGUGCUACUGCCUGAGCCUCAGCCUGAUCCAGAGUCUCGUAGCGAGAGUGCUGCUGAGGCAGCCAGAGAUGAUGCAGCACCACAGAGCCAUCCAUCAGCACCCUCUCCACUGGUGCUACUGCCUGAGCCUCAGCUUGACUCAGAGUCUCCUAGCGAGAGUGCUGCUGAGGCAGCCAGAGAUGAUGCAGUACCACAGAGCUAUCCAUCAGCAUCCUCUCCAUUGAUGCUACUGCCUGAGCCUCAGCCUGAUCCAGAGUCUCGUAGCGAGAGUGUUGCUGAGGCAGCCAGAGAUGAUGCAGCACCACAGAGCCAUCCAUCAGCAUCCUCUCCACUGGUGCUACUGCCUGGGCCUCAGCUUGACUCAGAGUCUCCUAGCGAGAGUGCUGCUGAGGCAGCCAGAGAUGGUGCAGCACCACAGAGCCAUCCAUCAGCAUCCUCUUCACUGGUGCUACUGCCUGAGCCUCAGCCUGAUCCAGAGUCUCGUAGCGAGAGUGCUGCUGAGGCAGCCAGAGAUGAUGUAGUACCACAGAGCUAUCCAUCAGCAUCCUCUUCAAUGGUGCUACUGCCUGAGCCUCAGCUUGACCCAGAGUCUCCUAGCGAGAGUGCUGCUGAGGCAGCCAGAGAUGAUGCAGCACCACAGAGCCAUCCAUCAGCAUCCUCUCCAUUGAUGCUACUGCCUGAGCCUCAGCCUGAUCCAGAGUCUCGUAGCGAGAGUGCUGCUGAGGCAGCCAGAGAUGAUGCAGCACCACAGAGCCAUCCAUCAGCACCCUCUCCACUGGUGCUACUGCCUGAGCCUCAGCUUGACUCAGAGUCUCCUAGCGAGAGUGCUGCUGAGGCAGCCAGAGAUGAUGUAGUACCACAGAGCUAUCCAUCAGCAUCCUCUCCAUUGAUGCUACUGCCUGAGCCUCAGCCUGAUCCAGAGUCUCGUAGCGAGAGUGCUGCUGAGGCAGCCAGAGAUGAUGCAGCACCACAGAGCCAUCCAUCAGCAUCCUCUUCCCUGGUGCCACUGCCUGAGCCUCAGCUUGACCCAGAGUCCCCUAGUGAGAGUGCUGCUGAGGCAGCUGGAGAUGAUUCGUCUUCCCCGUGCCAGGAAUGGUUGUCUCCACAUGUUACACCAGUGGUACCGUCUCCACCUCAGCCUCAAAGAGACCCAGCAUCCAUGGAGCAGAGUGCUCCUGAGGCAUCUGGAAAUUCGACAUCUCCUCAGAGCCAACAAAUUUUCUGUCCGCAGGCUCCACUGCUGCCACCCUCUCCACCUCAUUCAGCAUCAGAGUUGCCUUCUUCCACCCAGAUUGCUCCUGAGGCAGCUGCAGAUCUCACUGUGCCUCCUGAGGCAUAUCAAGUGCCUGCUUUAUAUACCUACUUUGCCUCAAAGAGUUCCAACUUUCCCCUGAGGCUCUCAGCAUUGCGCCAGGCUUUCACUCUUGUUCUGAGCAACAGCCACCAUGCAAAAUACAUCAGCAUAGCAGGCAGGGUCAUUCUUGGUGGCCUGGCUGCCCGAAAUGCCAGGGAGCUUCCAGCCUUCCAGGAGGCAUAUGCUACCCUGGUAGCCUUUGCUCAGGAUGCUUCACAUCGUGAAGCUAUUUGCACUGAGCUGGCACAAAUUGGUAUUCAGCACUUCAACCUCUUAGACAUUGUCUUUGAGUUGGUGCUGAUGGGAGUGCUGCAGGGAGCGAGGCCUCCGAUCUAUCCAACACCAGGAGGUUUCCUUGGGCGCUUGGUGGACAUGAUGUGUUCUUUCAGUCCUGUCAGCAUGCAGAGGAGACCCAGGGCUGACAAGUACUUGUUCCUGCUCCAGGAUGAGGCAAUGCUCCUGCUGGAGGAGAUCUUCGGCAGUGAGGAGCAUGUUUAUAUGGACCCUGGAUCCCUGCCCCUCACUCUGUGGGACUGCCUGGAGAAACAUGUCCAGCAGCUGUUGGCGAGACUACAGGGCUUUUAACAUUUCUGCCUUUCUUAAGACACACCACAUAUAGUUUAAUUGGUUCAUUUUUAUCAAUCACACCAGUUUAAUAUUUGUAAUUUUAAGUAUGCUAUUAAGUGCACUACAUACUGAGUUGCCAGCUGUUUGGUUUAUCUACUUUGUACCUACAUUUGUGACAAUUUUCACUUCAUAGGUUUACAGUUGCUGAGUGUAGCUCCUCUGUUGCUGUGGUAUAAGUGUAUUAGACACAGCAGCAUUAAAUCAGCUAAUUAUUAAACCCUUCUUACAACUCCCUCUCUUAUUAGCUUAGACCAACAGCAAAGGUGUCCAAAAAUGUGGGAGAAUUUUACCAUUUGAGCCUAAAUUUUCCACCUCUGGUUGGGGAGAGUGAAUUCUGUGGGGCAGUAGGUCUCCAGGACUGGAGAUGAGAACCACUGUUCUGUGUUAUACUGCAGCACUUGUGGUCCACAACACUGCAGGGUUUAGCAUUCUGUCUCAUUAUAUAUCCAAUUUUCAACUAAACAGCUGAUUAGCAAGUCUAUCUUACUGUUUUAGAACAGUGUUUUUUAAUUUCAGUCCUCCAGUGGUACCAUUUUGUGUUUUGUCUGAUUUAACAUAACUGAUUCAGCUAAGAAGGAGAUGCUUAUUAGUUAAUAAUGUGACUUGGUUCUGUUAGAUCAUGGAAAACACAAAAUAAUGGGGAGUGCUGACAGGAGAAGAGGGACUUUAAUCUCUGCAGAGCUGUGACUCUCCAGGACUUGUGUCCGACACCCCUCCUGAUCUAGCCCUACAUCUGUCUGGCUCUUGAACUUGCGUUGCCUCUUUGGUCAGCAGACCAGCCUCAAUCCAGUAAUGGCACUGAGGUGUUUAAAAACUCACCUCUGUGCCUGAUAUAACACAUACCAGCAUUAUACCUAACAGUGUCUGCUGAGAAUGCUCCACCAGCCAGUAAUAUCUGGUCAGAGGUGGUCCUAUAGUGGCUUUUUUCACUGAUUGAUGAACCCACUUUAGAGCCACUUUGGCUAGAUAUUCUAGAUAUUAUUUGAAUGUGGACCUUUCUCAGCACAGCACAGUAGGGGGGCUGAUGUUUCACCAGCAGGUGGGCUCCAGUCUGUAAUUCUGUACCUACAUUCAAAUUCACAUAUAUGUAUCAAGUGCAGCACCUAAUAAACUGGUAACUCAUUGUAUAGUGUGCUUAAUUGCAGUCAGUGUAAUAUUAUUGUUGUAGUUUUGUUGAGAAUUACUUAUUAAAGGUGCACUCUGGCCAGAGUUAAAACUUAGUGGUUCUGAAAUGUGUUUUAGCUGUCUAAUGGAUAAGAAAGCUAGAUUGCUGACGUAACUGUUAGGAGUAUCACGUCUGCAUUUAUUAGUUUUUACAUUAGUAGAUUUGUUUAUCAUUGUUGAGGUGGGGUCGAGGGGUCUCAUUGGAUGACAUAUUUGUGCAAUGCAUCUAUUUUAAAUGAUAGUUUUAGGCCAGAAUGCCCCUUUGAGGCAACACAAGAUAAGAAUAUAAAAUGGAUCAUUUUAGUUUUGUUGUUAUGUUAUAAACAACUUCAUAGUAGAUUUUAAAGGUAUUUCUUGUUUCUUUUUUGUCUCUUUGCCUAUCUUUAUUUCUUGCUCUCUCUCUCUC